AAUGGAUCUAUCCCUCGGUCAGCCUCUCUCUAUCUCUCCACUGCACCCCACGAAGGCCACAAAUGCAAAUGCAGACAUGCAUCAGCCGUACAUCAUCAAUCUUCUCUGUUCUGUCUUCAUCGCCAAAUCCGUAGGCGCGUAUGAUACAUCCUUUCUCUCAUCUUUGUCUUCCAGUCCCACUUCCUGCUCCUCACCCGAUGCCAAUCACCUGGUUGCUCUCCGCACUGUACUGCUAGGCGAACUCGGAAGUAUAUCUCAUUCUCGCAGUGAUCAACAACAAAACCCCGCCAUGGCAUGAUGUUGUAUUCGUUGUGUAGAUCUCGCGUACGGGUUCCGUCCUCGAACUCUAUGGAAUCGUGCGUAUCACAUCACAUGAGAGAAUUGUUUGCAUCACCGGCAAGGACAAAGAUUGUUCAAUACAUGUAGGUAUAUCGUCAAUAAUCCGUCUACUCCGUACCUCCUCGCCCAAUUCUCGAACUCUCCGAUCGAUGACGAUGGAGGUACAUUAGGCUAUGGGGCUAUUUCUGCUAGGGAGUCGGCGGAGUACAGGGAAACUAGUUAAGUACCCCGCAUCUUGCAUAACGCCAUUUUGACUUCAUUGAUCGGCUACCGAGAAAAGCUUUCCAACGACAUUGCGACUAAGAGUGUGAGUGAGUUUUCCUGGCAGUGCAGUGGCUCGUAUCCAGACAACGAAAGAUGGUUAGAUGAUUUCAUUGAUUGGGG